AUGAAAUAGAGAGAGAAAGAAGGUUCAAAUGAAAAUCUUAGAGUUGUAAUUAGAAUUCGUCCUCCAAUGGCAAGGGAGAUUAAAGAUGGCAAAUUCAUAUCAACUGUCCAAGCGGCUCCAGAUAAUCAAUAACUUUGCAUUUUCGAUUAUCAUGCAAUAGAGCUAGUACCUGAUGAGGAAUUGGAAGCAUUUGUAUAAAAUCCAGCGAAUUACACCAUUCAUUAAUUUACAUUUGAUUAUGUAUAUGAUUAAGAAAGCACCUAAGUGGAAGUCUAUGAAACCACAGCUGCUUUGUCAGUUGAUUCGACACUUCAAGGAUAUAACUCAACCAUUAUGGCAUACGGAUAAACAGGAACUGGAAAGACAUACACAAUGCACGGAUUCUCAUUUACACCAAAUUCUGAUUAAUUGGGUAUCAUCCCAAGAUCAUUGCAUAACAUCUUUACACAUAUAUAGAUGAAAUCUAAUUCGAUGACAACAUUUAUGGUGAGAGCAUCAUAUUUAUAAAUCUACAAUGAAUCUAUAAGUGAUCUUCUAAGACCAGAUCAUUAAUAAUUGAAUAUCAGAGAAGAUAAGAAAAGAGGAGUUUUUGUUGAGAAUCUAUCAGAAUGGGCAGUACGUUCUCCCCCAGAAAUAUAUCAAUUGAUGAGAAGAGGUAAUGCCAAGAGAGUAACAGCAAGUACGAGAAUGAACGACACAUCUUCAAGAAGUCAUGCAGUUUUUAUCAUUACAGUUGAAUAAAUUGAAGAAACACCAGAAGGAAAAAGAGCAAGAGUUGGAAAACUAAAUUUAGUGGAUUUGGCAGGGAGUGAAAGAGUUAGAGUCACUGGAGCAACAGGUAUAAGAUUAGAGGAGUCAAAAAAGAUUAAUCAAUCGCUAUCUGCAUUAGGAAAUGUUAUUGCUGCUUUGACUGAACUAAAACAACCCAAAUCACAUAUUCCUUAUAGAGAUUCUAAAAUAACUAGAUUAUUAGAAGACUCACUUGGAGGUAAUUGCAAGACUACAUUUAUGGCAAUGAUAUCACCAGCUAUCGAAGCCUUCAACGAGUCUCUAUCAACAUUGAAAUUUGCAAACAGAGCUAAAAAUAUAAGAAAUACUCCUAUGGUUAAUUAGGAUUAAGAUCAAGGAGCCUUGCUUAGAAAAUAUUAACUAGAAAUCUAGAAAUUAAAAUAAGAAUUAGAUGAAAGAAGUUAAAUGCCAAUUGACUCAAUGGUAGCUGAAUUAGAAAAAGAACGAUAAAAGGCUCUAGAAGAUAAGCAAGAAGUGAUGAGUGCAUAUGAAUAAAGAAACAGAGAUCUGGUUUAGGAAAGAGAAAUGAGAAAGCAAUUGGAAGAAAAGAUAUCAGCCUUGAAUUCAUAAAUGCUUGUUGGAGGGUAGAAGAUUGAAGAAACCCCUUAAUUUUAGAAUGCCCUAGAAAAACAGCAAAAGUUAAUUAGGUAAUAAUAUCAGGAGAGAUUACAAGAAUUGGAAAAAGAGCGGUAGAACAUUGAAGAGGAUAAGGCUCAAACAGACAAAUAUAAAUAAUUGUUACUCAAAUAGAGAGAUAUAAUGAUCGCCUUAACUAACAGAUUGAAUGAAAGAGAUGAAACAAUACUACAAUUAUAAGAGGAACUUGAUGCCUAUGAUAAACUACAAAAGGAACUAGAAGAUAUCAAUUAGACUAAAGAGUCUAGAAUACAAUAAUUGGUGGAACUUCUUAAAUAAAAGGAAGUGGAAAUCCCAAUGAAUUUAGAUUUACCAGCCAAUUCUAAUAAUAAUAAUGCAAAAUAACAGUUAUUAUUAGCUGAAAUGCCUUCCUCCAAAACUGAUUUUAGUUGCUGA